AUGCCUCACAAUACAAAGAGUAUGGAUAACACAUUGAACAUAAAAGACAACCAUGUCCAGAUAGGAGGACGGAAAUCCAAAUUGGCGGUGGUACAGUCAGAGAUAGUGAAGGAGCUUAUCGUUGAAAAAUUUCCAGAGUUGAGCUGCUCUGUCCUAGCAUUAAGUACCUUGGGAGACAAGGUGCAAACCAAACCAUUAUAUUCAUUCGGAGGAAAAGCUUUGUGGACCAAGGAAUUGGAAAUUUUGUUAUUAGAGCAAGUUGAAGAGUAUCCACGGUUGGAUUUGAUUGUUCAUUCGUUGAAAGAUAUACCAACUAAUUUACCCGAGGAAUUCGAACUCGGAUGCAUAUUAAACAGAGAAGACGCCAGAGAUGCAUUAGUUAUGAAAAGCGGAUCUUCGUAUAAGUCGUUGGCUGAUUUGCCUGAUGGGUCAUUAGUGGGCACAUCGUCCGUUAGGAGGUCAUCGCAAUUAUUGAAGAACCACCCCAAGUUGAGAUUCGAGUCCGUCAGAGGUAAUCUUCAAACCAGGUUGAAUAAAUUGGACGACGAAAACUCACCUUUCGAAUGUUUGUUAUUAGCGUCCGCUGGGUUGAUAAGAAUUGGAUUAGGUGAUAGAAUCACCGCUCACUUGGACGCUCCCGAGAUGUACUAUGCCGUGGGUCAAGGUGCGUUGGGAAUUGAAAUCAGAAAGGGCGACGAAAAAAUACUUCAAUUGUUGAAAACCAUAGAGCAUUUACCUACCACCUACUGCUGUCUUGCUGAGAGGGCUUUAAUGAGACAUCUUGAAGGGGGGUGUUCCGUUCCAAUCGGAGUCCAGUCGCAUUAUAAUGAAUCUACUAACGAAUUAUCUUUGAAAGCAAUAAUAGUUAGUCCUGAUGGGACUCUUUCCGUCGAAGAUGAAUACAAGGGUGUUGUCAACAACAAAGAUGAUGCUGAUGCCAUCGGUAUCAAAGUUGGAGAUUUAUUAUCCGCCAAAGGAGGUAGAGAAAUCUUAAAUAGCAUAAAUUUUGAAAGAAUCAAUCAACCUCCAUCGUCGAAUACCUCCACUCCUCAGCCAAUAACACCUAUAACUACUAAUAAUUAA